AGAAGGAGGAAAUUUACUAUUCGACCAUUUAUCUUGUUCCAGGAUCUAUUAUUGGUGAUACCAUGAAGAGUUUACUGGAUAUGAAAGAGGAUUCCACAAAAGGAACCCAACACGCACUCUUUAUAUGUCAUCGAAAUCGAACUGCAUUAUUUGUUGGUUCCGUUCUGUUUGUCGCUUUCAGCUGCGUCUUCAUGAUUUCAAAUUACCUCUCCCCUCCCUACCACGUAGUACCAACAGGAUCUCAACAAUAUGUGUAUUUUUUCGAUCAGAAACACUGGGUUAAUCGGACACAGAAGCGCAUUUUAUUGUGGACUAGAUAUUUCUAUGAUGGAAUGUGGGAAAGAACAGCACGGAAUGCGUUGGAUAAAAGUGUUUGUCCUUUCCAGUGUACAUUAACUUCUGACAAAUCCGCCAUCAAAGAAACAGAUGCUGUAGUUUUUCACUUAUUAGAUCUAUAUUUUUGGGAAACUCCACCAAAGUAUCGAGAACCUCAUCAGGUGUGGGUUUUACACAAUGCCGAACCCCCGCCACAUCAGUUUUACACCGGAAGUAUUCUGACUUACUCUCGUUUUGCUUUUAACUGGACAUUUUCAUAUAGAAGAGAUUCUACGAUAGCAGCUUCGUAUGGGCGAGCUUUGCGACGAACAAAGAAAGAAUCUGUUGAACUAAAGCGCAAGUCUCGUACAGAUCACGCAAAAGGAAAAAGCAAAAUGACCUAUGCCGUGAUAAGUAAUUGUGUCGAUGAUGCUGGGCGGUUUGCAUAUGUGAAGAAACUAAGAAAAUACACUCCGAUUGAUUUGUAUGGUAGAUGUGGAAAUCUUACUUGCCCAAGAAACGCAACUUGUGAAGCUUUACUCAAACCCUACAGAUUUGCAAUAGCAUUUGAAAACAGUAAUUGUAAAGGAUACGUUUCCGAAAAAUUCUGGAAUGCUCUUCGAAGAGAAAGUAUACCUUUGGUUAACUGGAUUCCAGAACAAGUUCCCAUCGAUGCUCCUCCUAAAUCUUAUAUUAAUGUUCAUGAUUUUCCAAACAUGGAAGACUUAGCAAAACAUUUAGAUAUAUUAGCUUCGAAUGACACAGAGUAUAAUAGUUACUUUGAAUGGCGGAAUGAUUACGUAAUUGAAGAUGGCUUCUUUCAAGGGUUUUGUACACUUUGCAAAGCUUUACACAAUGAAUCAAUUCCAGCUCAAGUUGUGGAUUACCGAAGUUGGUUAUCGAAUGACACUUGUCAGGCAUGGACGAUAUACAGUGUUUUCGCCAGAAGAAUUAGAAAUUAUUUUGUGUGAUCUCGGGAAAACUUGCCAUGUUGAUGCAUCAGUCGCAUAAUUUUAAACAUAAUCAUUCAUCACCACCAUGGAGAAGCUGGAUGUUUAUGAAACACGGACGCUUACAAUCUUCAUGCUAUUUAUUUACAGCAGUUUGACUGCAACAUUAUCUGUCCAUUAUACUCUGCCACAGUCAUGGAAGACAUGAGUGUUUGAUAAAUUUUGUUGUUCUUAUAAAUUCAUUUCCAAAUAUUUAUUUAUUUAUUUUGAUAUCUUAAACUUAAGGUGCCUAUUUAUGUAUUUUCAUAUUGUAAACACUUUACUAUUUUCAUAGCUAGGAAUAAUGUUUAAUCAUGGGACAAUUCAGUU